GUUCACAAACAAAAAGACUUAACCCAUCCAGAAACUUUAAAACUACUCCCAUCUAUUCAUGUAUCACAAAGACAAGCAUUUACAAGGAAAAAACAAAAACCUAGAUAUAGUGAUACUGUUUGA